AUGCUGCGACAAUCCCGGCGGUCAGAUCACUCUCGAACAAAGUCUCCGCAGGGAUUGAGAGAAGCAAACAGCACUGAUUCCACGGACAAUGAUAAUCGGGGCAAAUACACCUAUCCACGACGACGAGAAGGUUUCUGGAAUAACCCAAUGAAUGCCGUGGCCAUUUUUGCUGGGUCGUUUGCCUUUGCUGCAAGCUUGACCAUGGGCGUGAUGAAUGCCCGAGCUGACGGUGCAGCAACUUCGGUUUGGAGCCGCAUGUUACUGGGUAGACCUCAUAUGCCAGAGGAUACAGGGAAUCAACUGCUUGGCCCUGGUAGUCUAUUGCUCAACAGCAAGUCGAGUCAAGAAACUGUCCCUUUACUCAUCAUGGGAUUGCCUCGAUCUGGGUCAGAAUCUAUUCAUAACUAUUUUACCUGCAACAAAAUCAAAUCUUCCCAUUAUUGCUGCGAUACAGAGAAAUCUUUAGCAGGACAACCUGCCCGAUCACAGUUCCCUUGUCGCAAAGAUCAAGUCACUUGUGGAUCAUGUGUCUUGAAGAACAUGAAAUCAGAGCGUCCUCCUUUCCAAGGCUGUGGAGACUACUAUGUCUGGUCCCAAUUUGACGUCGAGACCACAGAGCCCUACUCAUGGUUCUUGCCACAGCACAAAACUCUUCCACUGAUUCAUGAAGCAUACCCCAAUGCUGCUUUCAUCCUCAACACUCGAAAAGAUGCUGGAACCUGGGCUGAUUCAGUGUUGCACUGGAACUCGGUAACGCAGCGCUUGUUCAAGAGUUUUAACCUGGAAGUACUAGAAAGCUCGGAUGAAACUGAUCCAACAACAACUCCCUCAAAGAAGGUCACUUAUAGAUCAUUGAUGAAGGACGCUCAGGAAUCUCUGGACCGAGCCAAUGAGGUGGAGAACCUCAAGAAGAAACGAAAGCUCUUGAUGACAGUCUAUGAUCGACACAUGAAGAAAAUUCGAAAGUGGGCCGAGGAUUACGGCCAUCCACUCAUGGAAAUCAAUGUGGACGAUCCCCAGACUGGCAACGAUUUGGCCGAGGCAUUCAAAAUGUCACAGGGUUGUUGGAAGUUUGAUGCGGAUGCACUUGACAAUGACUGGAAGAACUUUACUUUUCCAUUUUAG